AUGGCUGCGUCCUUCAGCAGCAUUUCCAGAUUCAUUUCUCAAAGAACAUUUCUUGACGGUUAGCUAGCUAAGUUGUGAUACAUCAAUGGAAUAUAGUCGUUAUGGUUGAUACAACUGUUCUAAAGACCUUCCGAACCUCAUAAUAUCUCAAUUAGCUUUCGAGUGUAGUGAUAGAAUAACGUUAAUAUUAUUCCAAUGUUGUGUUGAGCCUUUCAUAAAAAAUAUUUUGUAGUAGCAAUGGCUUUUACACAAGCUGUCAAAAUGUCAUUAUUGUGUGGUCGUUUCAAAAAGUAUUCUUACCAGAUGUGGUCCUCUGUCAUGUCUCAAAGAAAUUACCGAACGGUUCUAUGUGGUAGGCGUCGUUAUCCAUCCCCAAAGAUUUGCCAAAAAAGUAGAGCUAUGCAUGCAACUCAACCAUUGAUGAUAACAAAGUUGCUGACUGUGGAUGAGAUCUUUGCCAGAAAACCAUUACAGGACUACUUGAAGAAGAUCGAGACAGAGUACAGUGAUAGUCUCAAAGUUAUCAACUCAACAGAGGGGCAGCAGGAUAGUAAUGAGGAGUUCAGAAUAAAAAGAACACGAGUGUCUGUAUUAGACCCUCUAAUAGAGUACAUCAAAGAACUUAAGAUAAAAGAGCAGGAAUUUGCUGAAACUGAAACAUUACUCAAAGAUGAUGACCCAGACAUGUGUCAGCUGGCAGUCAUUGAGAGGGAAGCCUGUCAGAAAGCAAUUCAGGAUAUUAGACAAAAGAUCUUGUCCCAAUUGAUCCCUGAGGAGGAGUCAGACAUGAGUGACUUAGUCCUGGAGGUCACCGCUGGGAUCGGAGGUCAGGAGGCCAUGCUCUUCACAGCAGAAGUCUUUGACAUGUAUCAGAGAUUUGCCGCCCACCAAGGCUGGGCGUUCGACAUCCUGGAGUACAUGAAAAGUGAAUUAGGUGGGUUACGGCAUGCGUCAGCCAGUAUUAGUGGUAAUGAGAGCUACAAGAGGAUGAAGUUUGAGGCAGGUGUGCAUCGUGUGCAGAGGGUGCCUAAGACUGAGAAACAGGGUCGCAUGCACACCAGUACCAUGACAGUGGUGGUGCUGCCACAGCCCACAGAGAUCACUUUCACAAUAAACUCGAAGGACUUAAGGAUCGAAACUAAAAGGGCGAGUGGAGCCGGGGGCCAGCAUGUCAACACCACAGACAGCGCAGUGCGAAUCGUACAUCUCCCUACAGGUGUGGUCUCAGAAUGCCAGCAAGAAAGGUCCCAGCUGAAAAAUAAGGAAAAGGCCAUGAAGAUGCUACGUGCUAAACUCUACAACAUUAGGCUGGAAGAAGAGACCUGUAAGCGAUAUACAGAACGGAAGGUCCAGAUUGGCACUAAAGGUAGGUCAGAGAAAAUCAGGACCUACAACUUUCCCCAGGAUCGAAUCACAGAUCAUCGGAUUGGGAAAACAGUGCAUGAGGUCCGCGAAUUUCUUUUGGGUGAAGAGCUUCUUGAGGAAAUGAAUACAGCACUACGGGAGUUCUCUAACCAGGAGACUCUGAUGGACAUACUUGGAGAAAAUUACUGAACAAUAAUGGUGUAUAUUGUAGUUCGCAUUCAAGCUAUGAAUUUUACCUUUAUUGAGUGGAGAGUAUUUACUUGCUUCUUUGCUUUUAUUUCCACCCCCACCUCCUUUGGUUUCUGUUAGAGUCCACUUAACACAUUCCACCCAUGUGUGAGCUGCCAGUACUCCAACUUCUUUUGUUGCCCUUUUACCAGUAAAACCAGCCAAAACCUC